AUGCACCAUGCUUGGCUGCUGGCACUGGUCGCACUUCGAGCAGUGGCUUUGAGAGAGUCUGGCGUUGAGGAAAACCUCGACGUGGAUGAACCGCGGAGUGGUUUACAGGAUGAGUCACCCGUGAACCCGGUUGAUGCUGCAUCCAAAGCACGAGCAGCUGAGAUGGAAGCCUUGCAGAAGGCGCAGGAUUUGGAAAGACUUGCAGCAGUGGCCGAGCUCCACGUGAUGGAGGAAAGAGAUGUUGCAAUUCGAGCCGAGAACGAAGUUGCAGGGGGACGGCAUGCCAAUGCAGUGGGACAGAGUCCAUCAGGUUCGCCUCCACAGGCGAGUAUCUUCCCAGCCUCACCUGGCACGGCCGUCGAAGCAACCACAACUAGCACCACGGCAACGACCACUACUUCGAAGAAGGACGAAGAAUUUGAGGAUGACGACGGUCCGGUCCAACCAGUGUUGGUCGCUCCACGACAACAGGUGGAGGUCCACCAGACAUUUCCCUCCAUCAAUUACAGACAUGCUGGAAUACACCAGCUACCCCAGCCCCUAGAGAUUACGUCCGAAUCUCAUUCAGCACCCGUACCUAUCCUUCACGCCACAGUGGAGGAAGUUCGGGCCAAAACCAAAACCACGACGAGCACCACUGCUACCACCGUCACCACCGAGGAAACGAGCAGCUCAGAUGAAGAUGAGGACGAGUCCUGGGAAGACACUUCCAGAUCGACCACGGAAGAGGCGACAGGCAGGCACCCAGUAGGUGCAGGUACCGAGCAUCGCCGGAUGCUUGAGACCUCCACAACAGAGGUCGAAGCAGACUUCGAGGAAGAGUCCGAAGGAGGUGAAGAAAGCACAUCUCUGGCCGUGGCACUUGAAGCAAAGCCAAGCGUGGCAGAAACAACCACUGAGGAGGUUUGGGAAGCACCUCAGACUUCAUCAACUGAGGUUGCAAUCUCUGCAGUCAGCACGACUGAAGAAUUGCAAGUUGAAGAUGUCGUUGAGGACGUGCGCUCAGCAACAUCGACAUCCACGUCGGAGGAGGAAGAAGACGAUGACUUCACGGACUUCGGCGAUGAUGGAAGUUCAAGCACCAGCGGUGCUGCAACCGAGAGCCCGUCAACGACAAGAACUUCUCCGGAAGCGGCCACAAGGUUGAAGAAAGUUGACGACGAGGACGAGGACAUGCAGAUUAAACCAGUGGUCGUCGUUCCAGAACAGGUGGAAGCUCACCAGACAUUCCCGUCUCAUAACUUCAGACAUCGUGGAGGACACCAACUACCAGAGCCCUCCGGGCGGCACCGGGCGGGGGAGGAGGCGGACGACGCGAAAUAA